GGCGUCGACCUCAAUAUGCCGUCCUCCUGAAAUAGCAGCAGCAGCGUGCUGCUGUCUUCUCAUUCGAUGACAAAUCUGGAGCGGAUCUGGACCUCGGGGCUGAGAGCUCUGCUUCUGGAAAGAGGCGUCUGGCGUAGCCUCGUAGGAUGGAGAUACUUUGGCGCACGCAUUCGCGUGAUGUGGUCGGCGCACAGCAGACGGGCUUGGAUGUUCGCAAUAUACGAUCGCAAAUGGCCACUCAUGCCGCAUACGCUAUGCACAGCACUGCAAGAAUGUCUCAUUUCCUGUUCCACGAUGCUGAAAGACAUUUCACAGUGUAAUAAUCGAAUGUCUCAAUGAGCUGAUGCAAGGCUGAGCUGGCAAGGCUGACAAUUUAGACUUUCGAGGAAUCAAUCUUGCGCCUCCACGAACACCAUUAUGCAGGUCUUAGUGCUGUCUACGACAUGCAGGCUGGCUUAUGGCAGCUUUUCUAUUGGGGAGCUAUAUCUUGCCCGGGGUGGGGUGGCAUGAUAGGAUUGCGGUGAGUGGGUGACUACUUGUAUGGUGCUCUGGCCGCCACUUUGCAGGGCAUGCAUCUUGUACUGAAGCGUAGCCCAUCGCCCGCAAGUUGAUCUACGAGCAGGACUGAAUCGAGAAGAUCUAAAUACGACGACCUUUCAACGCCAAUAUCACCUUGACCUCACGUUCAGCGAAGCCAGAAUCAAGAUCCGAGCAAGAAACCCCGCCGAAAGGAUGCGAUCCCCACUGUACAAAGCAGCAGCACUGCUAACAUUCAUCUUCGCCACUCCAAUUGCAGCCGACUUCUUCGUCUCCAAUACAUCCGUCUGCAUGGGCGCUUUCCCACUCAAACGCUGCGCUCGCGGCCCCAAAGUCCUCUCCAACGUAUCCAACACAACCAAAGAGGCUCCCUUCACCUGCUCGCAUCUGAUCCACGCCGAAGACAACAACUACAUCCACAACGGAACUAUGGCGCCUUUCACUGGCGAUCUUUUUGUGAGCUCUGCCGCGGGGAUUUGUGGAUCUGGACAGCUGGAUUUUGUCAAAGUUGGGAAUGACGGAGGCUACACGGUGAACGAUAAGGAUGGAGCGCAUGUCGGGGAUUGUGUUCCUGAGAAGAAUAUUACGAAUCCGGAGUGGGAAACGAGAUGUAAUCAGUGGGUGGGAAUGUUGUUUUUUGCUACUGCUUUCAAGUGUACGAGCAGUGUUUGUGGGUGAGGCCGCCCCCGAGGACUGCUUCCGUUGGACGAUUUGCGUGUGCUUGGGGCGUUUCUCUAUGCCUAAUGGCUCGCAACCUGGAACUGGCGCAGAGAGUGGUGGUAGACGGCACCUGCUUCCGCUGGAUGAUUCGCAAGCGUUCGGGGCGUUUCUUCAGACCUAAUGGCUCGCAACCUGGACUUGACGCAGAGAGCGGUGGUCGACAGCAGCUGCUUCUGGUGGGUGGUUCGUCCGCGCUCGGGGAAUUUCUGUAUGCUCAGUGGCUCCCAACUGGCGCAUCCAACAGAGAAGGCUAUCAAACAGCACUUGUUUCCGUUUGACUUUUCUCGCGCAGUCCAGGCAUCUCUGUAUGCUCAGUGGCUCGCAGCCUAGGAUUCCCGCAGAGAGUGGUUGCAGAGAACACCUGCUUCCGUUGGACGAUUCGCAUGCGCUCGAGGCAAUUCUUUAUGCCGAAUGGCUCACGAUCGGAACGCUCUACAGAGAAAGCUGUUGAACAGGCCCUGCUUCCACUGAUUGAUUCUCGUGCAGUCAGGAUAUCUCUGCAUGCCUAAUGACUUGCAAUCUGGAAUUCCAAUAGAGAAAGGUGUCAAGCAGAUCCUCCUUCCGCUAGAUGAAUAUGAUGCGCUUGGCACAUUUCCGUAUACCCAGUGGCUCGCAGCUUGACUUUUUACUGGAGAAUGGAGGCAGCAUCGCAUGCUUCCAUUCUGUGGCACCGCGG